AUGCCACCCAAACGGACACCGGUGAAGAAGGUGCCGGAUUCUGCCGAGUGUGAAGCCCAGCUUGGGGCGCUAGUCCACAACCGUGGAUUAGCACAACGAAAUGUGACCAGAAUCCUAACUAUCCUCAAGCAGGCCGAAAAGGACAGGAGUGAACUCAGCCCAGCCCAAGUCAAGGUGUACCAACGAAGUAUUGAAAAUGAGAAGGCUGAGUAUGUAAGGUUGCACCAGGAGAUUGUUGCCCAGUCCUCAGCCGACAAGCGCGAUGAGCAAGAUGAGCACUACCUGCGGUUCAUGUACCUGUACGAGGAGGUAUCCGUGCUGCUCGAGAGUUGUACCGAGAAGUUGACUGUGCCGCCAACUCAGCAGCCACCUUGUGUCACUAACCAGCAACCGAUCAUCGUUCAGUCCCAAUCCUUUGGUGCUCCAUUGCCAACCUUCGAUGGUCAUUAUGAAGCAUGGCCCCGCUUCAAAGCCAUGUUCCAGGAUCUGAUGCAGCGUUCAUCAGAUUCAGAUGCGGUGAAGUUGUACCACCUCGAGAACUCCUUGAAAGGAGAUGCCGCUGGUGUGAUCGAUCUGGAGACGUUGCAGGACAACGAUUACCAGCGCGCAUGGGACAUCCUAGAGGAGAGAUUUGGCAACAAGCGGCUUAUCUUGGAAUCUCACAUCCUGGGCCUGUUAAACCUAAAACAGAUGACAAGGAGAUCGUCGAAGGAACUCCGGAGUCUCAUCGAAGAGUGCACUCGCCAUGUGGAGAACCUCAUCAAGCUCGGUCAACCACUUUCAGGGAUGUCAGAGCUGAUCGUGGUGACCGUGUUGAGUCAUGCGUUGGAUGGUCAGACCCGUGAGCUGUGGGAAGCUUCAAUGGACCAGAAGGAGCUUCCAGACUACAAACAGACCAUUGAAUUUCUAAAACAACGAUGCGUCAUUCUGGAGAGAUGCGAGAAUAGUGCAUCCAUCGUAUCCCCGAGUCCCAAGGUCUCCAACCGGAAGCCGCCUACAUCCAAGCUCGUGCCUUCCAAGACUUCGCAUGCAGCGUUAGUAGUGCCAACGUAUGUGUGCGACUUCUGUGCCGGACAGCAUCAAAAUUUCAAGUGUUCCGUGUACCAGAAGCUGUCCGUGGAUCAGCGCCAUACGAGAGUGAAGGAGCUAAAUGCAUGCUUUAAUUGUUUGAGAAAGGGCCACCGAAGCUCAGCAUGUUCCAGUAGUAAAUCGUGCCUGCAGUGCUCAAAAAGACAUCACACGCUACUACAUUUUGAGCGUAAAAGGACUCCAGUUAAUCACCCUGGUACCCAGAAACUUGCAGAAGCCAACCCGGUACUGGGGUAA